AUGACGAUUACAGCCACGAGACAUUAUCGCAGGCGCGAGUUUUUGAGUGGCACAAGAGGUUUGUUUCGGGGAGAACUUCAGUGGGUGGAAGACGACACAAGGCAGGGGCGCCUUGCAGCCUCACGGAAUGAAAACAACGUGGCUCGGAUCAGGGAGAUCGUACAGCAAGACCGCACCAUUACAGUGUGCACGCUAUCGAAUGCUCUCGACAUUAGUAUGACAACAUGCCACCAAAUCUUGCAUGAGAACUUGGGGAAACGAAAGCUGAAUACCAGACUUGUGCCGCACUCCCUCACACAGGACCAGAAGGACGCACGGGCAUCAGUGAGCGCUGAUCUGCUCUCAGAGGCAGAGAAGGAUGCUGUAUUCAUCGGCAGCAUCAUUGCUGAAGACGAAACAUGGUGUUCAAUGCAAUCCUCGAACAAAGAGGCAGAGCGCCGAAUGGUGGUCCACAAGCUCUCCGGCGUUGAGAAGCAUGCGGCGACAGAAGACCAAAACAAAGACGAUACUGAUAGUUUUUUUUAUUCCAGCGGUGUCAUCACCAUGUGUUCCUUGUCUUGCACAUCCCGUGAGCAGUACCUUUCACUCGCGUCUGUACAAGAUGGACGGCAUUCCUGCCGUCAGUGCACCUAUGUCACCAAGUUCAAGUCACGCAUGCAAAGACACCUUCGCAAACACACGGGCGAGCGUCCCUUCCAGUGCCACCUGUGUACAGCUGCAUUCUUUCGGAACACCCAUCUCGCAGAGCACAUUCGCACCCACACAGGGGAGCGUCCCUUUUCCUGUGACCACUGCAAUGCAUCAUUCUCGCAAAAAUGGAACCUCGUUGCCCACAUGCGCAUCCACACAGGAGAGCGUCCCUUCUCCUGUGACCACUGCAAUGCAUCCUUUUCGCAGAAACAGCACCUCGUUGUCCACAUGCGCACCCACACAGGAGAGCGUCCCUUUUCCUGUGACCACUGCAAUGCAUCAUUCUCGCAAAAACAGAACCUCGUUGCCCACAUGUGCACCCACACAGGAGAGCGUCCCUUCUCCUGUGAUCACUGCAAUGCAUCAUUCUCGCAGAAACAGCACCUCGUUGACCACAUGCGCACCCACACAGGAGAGUGUCACUUUUCCUGUGACCACUGCAAUGCAUCCUUUUCGCAGAAACACCACCUGAUGUACCAUGUGUCCAGUCUUCAUGCAAACAAGAAGCCAUAAAAAGUGCAGCGGUUGCCUUUGCAGCUCCUUAAACCCCAACCAAACUGUUCGGCAGCUGAAAACAUUGCAAGUGCAUUCUCCACAAACCCUCCGCACUCUGCCUGCUCAGCUUGAGUAAAAGCUGCAGUCAGAACGGCAGCCAGAGUUUUAUCCAGAGUUUCUGCAGCCUGUUGACACGGCCUGCCAUGAAACGGACUUUCGUGCCACAGCAUACCAAUCAGUAGUAGCGACAGUUGAGGCCAUGUUCGUUGUCAUGGUCCCCUCUUUCAGUGUCGGCAACAUUGUAGCACUUAGGCUGUGUGUUGUCAUAGAGAGCAUAUCGACAGGGAGUUUAAGGGAACAUGCAAUAUUUUCUCUUUCAAGUGCAUUACGAAACCUCUCAUGUAAGAGUUGUAUAGCGACAUCUUUAAAUCAUUGUAUCUCUUCCAAGAUUCGGGUAAAUCUAGUCAGCUUGGGAAAUUGGUCAAGUGUGUUGUUUGUUGUCUAUGAAGCCAUGUGGAACUUAGCGAGCAUAUCAAAAACUUUCUGUAUUCCAGACUGUAUUUAUUUCCCUGCUUGCUUGUUUAUUUUUUCCCACAUAUAUUCUGUACAUUUGCUUCAUCACUCACUAGUUUUAUUGGACUAUGGGCCAAUCUGUUGGUGUGCCUUGUUUGUGCCUGCAAUUCAUACUAGUUGUUUCCAAGACUACAAUGUUACCUAGAACUCUAAAUGCGCCAUCAUUCCUGAUGCAACCAGACGUGACAAACGCAGGGCCCUGCAUACCCUUCUAGCUCAUCAUUGGACAUAAUGAGCUUCUUUAAACUACACUUUCUUUUUUGGUUAAUACCAUGUCUCAUCCUUGUUGCUCUCAUCAGACCUGUGUGGAAAAAUUAGUAUCUGGCCGAAAUUGCUGUUAGCACACUGACACCCUAGUUUGAAAAAUCAAUGUGCAAGAAGUAUUCAAAUAUGUGCGCCUUUUUUGUUUGGAAUACUAGUCAAAAGAUAGUGGUUUUUUUUUUCUGUUUAUCAGCUUGCCUUGAGUUGCUUAGAAUGUGAUAUUUAAAGGGCCCCUAAACCACCUCCGAUAUUUUUUCAUACAUUUCAAAUAAACACACCCAGCGUGUUCAGAA